CUGCUUACCAUCAACUAGACGUCCACGCGUGUUUAGGAUUCACAGAUUUUGGAAAAGUCUAGUUAUAAAUCUAAAUUAGUCAAAGUAUAACACACAUUUUUCAUCAUUAUGGGAGGACAGGCCAAGGGCAAAAAGAAAAACAAAUCAAAGAGGAAAGAGAACCGUCCUAACAGGGAUCCAGGAAUUGUUGGCUUGACUCCCCAAGAAAGGAUGAGAGUAAGGAUGCAUGAAAAAGCCAGAAAGAAGACAGCUGAAAAGUACUCUGUGCAACAACUGCUGGAAAAGACAGAAGAAUACAUGGACAGUUUUGACUUUGAGAUGGCCAGCCUUUUCUGUCAGCGGGCUUUGGAUGUGGAGGCCACUAACCUGCAAGCUCUGGAGAUGCUGGGACAUAUCUAUUCUGAACUUGGAGAUGCACAGAAAGCUAAGGAAGCUUUCCAGCAGGCAGUGGAGCUGAGCCCAGACGAAGGCCAUAGUAAGUAUAUGUACCUGGGACAGAUCCACACAGGACAGGAGGCUGUGGACUACUACACUAAAGGAAUACAAGUCCUAAUAUCUACCAUGGACAAACAAGCACAGACCACACAGGCCGAAGUCGGAGCUGCUGCCCCACCAGAAGAAAACCCCAACCUCCCAACAACAAAGGACAUUAGUCUGGCUUUCUGUUCAAUUGCUGAGAUUUACCUGACAGACCUUUGCAUGGAGGAAGGCGCUGAAGACAAGUGUAAGGAGUUCAUUGAGAGAGCAUUACACUAUCACCAUGACAACCCUGAGGCUCUACAGCUCAUGGCAAAUUACCUGUUCAGUACAGAGAAAAUCCAGGAAGGGAAAGAAUACUUGUUGAAGAGUGUGGGUUUGUGGCUUCCUUCCCAGAAACAGAUUGCAGCCUCUUUCAGCACCGAGGAGGACGCGCAGAAUGACAUCCCUCCAUAUGAGUCUCGCAUCACCGCAGCCAAACUGCUCAUCGAGGCCUUGGAAUACGAGGUGGCACUAGAUGUGUUGGAAGGUCUUCUGGAGGAGGAUGAUGAAGUCGUGCAGGUGUGGUAUCUCUCUGGCUGGGCGAGCUAUCUUCAGUCCAAGACAAAGCAGCCGACAGAAGGAGAAGGGACAGAGGAGGAGAAGGAGGAGUGGAAGGCCUUGACGGAUGCUGCCCGUUCAUACCUGACCAAUGCUAAGAAGCUGUACAGGAAGAUGCGAUGUGAUGAUCAGCCGAUGCUGGAGAGCAUAGAGGAGGUGCUACAUGAGCUGGGGGGAGAGAUGGAGGAAGACGAGGGAGAACCAGACUUGGAGCAAGAUUAUGAACCGUGUAGUGAUGAUGAGGAGGAGGACGGCGGCACAGAGGCACCCAUGGAGCACUGACCACACCCUUUUGAUCUUAAUCUGCCAUUUCACUUUUCUCCCUCAUGUUCCCCCUAGUUUAAAUGUUCUUGUGUGUUCUCCAAAGUGCCUUUUUAACUGAUUAUCGUUUCACACCUGUUUAUCAAACAUGAAAUUUGGAAUUAAGUGAGAAGCUCAAAGAGACGCAUUAAACUCUGCAGUAUACUCAAUCUUUUUCCAAUCUCUUUCCAUUUGUUGUUUAAUGCUUUUGGUGAAGUAGUGUAAGUGCAUACUUGAGUAAUGCUUCCCUUAAUCUCCUUGACAGAUGUUGAUGAGAGAAAUUAGUUUUAGGGGUUUAUUUCUUACCAGCAGCAGAAGCAAAACACCUUUCAAUCCUUUUUCCUCUUAACACCCACGCAGGCUUUUUUUUUUUUUUUUUUUACACACAUGCACGUACGCACACACACACUACAUGCAUAUACACACAAGCAAAAAUGCAGCCUCUCUUGAGUACAGCUGCUGCAGUGUUUCCUUCAUACCGCAGCAAAGUGAAAUAUCUAAUUGUGGUGUAAGCUUUAUGAGAUGAAUGUGUAUGUGCCAACAAGCAGUUAAUGCUGUCUUUAUGGGUAAUGUUAGCUAUGUUCUGAGUGUGGUGCAGCGGUUGAAUUGUUGCUAUUCAGUCUAUUCUCACACAUAAGAUUUUUCCAGUUUUCUGUUAACUCAUUCGAUACAACAAGAAAAGACACAAUAGAGAGAAUUUGACAUUAACUUAUGCAGCAUGCGUUUCUCUUGCUGCUACUCUGUUCAAAGUGGCUUGGCAGAAAGCCUUUCAGAAAGGAGAAACGGGCAAGUCUGAGUUUUUUUUUUUUUUUUUUCUAACUAGUUUUCCACAUUGCAGCCUGUUAAAAUUCUCAGGCAACGUUAGGUAAUGUAAUGGCACAGUAAUGGACUGAUGCUUUUCACUUUCUUUCUUUUUUAUUUGCUAUUGAGAAUGGCAAGGUGAAGAGGCUACAUCUGAGUGCUUGACACAGCUACACAGAUGUAUCUAGUGUCUAUGGAUUAUCACUUAGAAUUGUUUUUUAAAUAAAAAAGCUCAAAUCUGUAGACAGGUGCAGCAUGACAAAAUUUUUGUUUGAACUGAAAAAAAAAGCCCACACAUUCAUUUUUUCCUUACAAAAUUGUUAAUGUCUAGCCAAUUUAAAUUAAUUUUAUGGUUAAAACAGGUUGAAAUGGAGUUUUUAAAAUAUGUCAGAUAGAGUAGUUGGUAGAGGGGCUCCUGCAUGUGAGCAGCAUACUACAACACACACACAUCCACUACAAAGAAUUUUUCCAUCCACCAUGCCUGUUAACGUACAAAACACAACUACAGGCAUCUGCUGCUGCAUGGCCCCUUUGAAAGAUUCCAUAGUUGGUAAAUGGGACUGUUAUCUGAGAUCCUGAUCCUGAUAGAAGAUCCAGCUGCAAGCAGAGAGGCCUGUUGGGGGAGACGGGGGUUCAUAUGGCAUGUGUGUUGUGCAUGUUUGUUUAACAAGCACUAAAUUAAGUUCCAGAGAGAAUAUUCUGUAUGUGCAUAUAUAGGCCCCAGAUUAUCAUAUCUUAAUGUGACAUGAUGUGUUGUUAUUUGUGGACCGUGCUUUGCUCAUCUUGCAGAAAUAUUCAUGUCUGUGAUGUUUAGUGUAUGAUAAUAUACUAGGAGUACAGACCUUGAGGACUGACUACCUGGAGCGAUGCUGUCAUCUAGCAUUUGGCUUUGUAAUUAAACGGGCCCUGGUGUGUGUGUGUGUGUGUGUGUGUGUGUACAUGUAUUUGUUGCCAUGUGUUUCCGUGCAGCUCGUCUGCAGUGCAGUGUGAUUAAUGACUCCAGGGGUGACUGAACAUCGGCGGUCAGCCCUUUCUGGUUAUUCUGAGCUGACCUAGUGUGAGUGGGCCAUAGUGGACACAAAGCCUCGGGUGAUCUCAAAAUCCUUGGCCAUUCUCUCACCUGUACAUCAGCCUCAGCUCUGCAGGAAUAUUUUCACUUGCUGAGAGAGGGGAGAGCAGUUUCUACACAAGGACACACAUUCAAUCACGGGGAAAGGACACUCACUGUUUGCUCGUAUUCUUUCCUCCAUGUUGAAAAUUGCUUUCUGAAAGGCUUAAAAAGCUCAGAGGCCAAAACUGCAGUAAUAAUCAGACUAAAGCAAAUACACCAAGCUAAAGAUCUUUAUAUAAGGUUUAAGGUUUGAUGUUGGAGUGUCAGAUUAACAAAUAAAAAUGUAAUAUGUGAUAA